GUAGUAGUGCCCCAACACCACACAGCCCAGGCACAGGACCCAAGUGAGGACGGGCUGCCCCAGCAGAGGAAGAGCGUGUGGAGCAUCGGCUCUAGGGUUUAACUGGAGGACGUGGCACAAUGACGGCGAAGAAGAAUCAGCCCUUGCAGAACGGAAGGGCCAAGGAGAACGUGCUGCAGCGUGUCCUGCAGCUGCCGGUGGUGAGCUCAACCUGUGAAAGCUUGCAGCGGACCUACAGCAGCACCAAAGAGAUCCACCCAAUUGUGGCCUCGGUGUGUGAGGUCUAUGAGCAGGGAGUGAAGGGCGCCGGCGCCUUGGCCAUGUGGAGCGUGGAGCCUGUGGUACGCAGGCUGGAGCCUCAGUUCUCUGUGGCCAACAAUUUGGCAUGUCGGGGCUUGGACCACCUGGAGGAGAAGAUCCCAGCCCUUCAGUAUCCUGUUGAGAAGCUCGCCUCCAAACUGAAGGACACCAUCUCCACCCCCAUCCAAAGUGCCAAGAGCACCAUCGGGUACUCCAUGGACAAGAUCUUGGGGCUGGCGGUGGGUGGCUAUGAGACGACCAGAACCACAGUGGAGGCAACAGCAAGGUACACGAGGAGCAACUCAGUGAGCCAGAUGGCAGCCGCCGGGAUGGACACCGCCCUGGGUGGGCUGGAGAAGCUGAUGGAGUACCUGUUGCCAGAAGAGGAGGAGGAAGCAGAUCUGAAGCCCAAGAAGGCCUGUAGACCAGCAAAGGUCUCCCAGCAGCAAUCCAGGACAUACAGGGCUCCCAGUGCUCCCAGUGCUCCCAGCAGUGCUCCCAGCACUCUGGGCCGGAUUGGAGCCCUGGUCAGCACCGCCUCUCACCGUGCUUACCAGCACACCGUCCAGAACCUCCAGCGUGCCAAAGCCAAAGGACAGGAACUGGUCGUCUGGAUCCCCAUCUUGGGCAGUCUGGCCAAGCCGAGCCCACCUAUGGUGCCGCAGAGCCAUGGUGAGAGGCAGAGCACUGCGGGCAGCUGGAGGCAGAGCAGGGUGCCGGAGCAGAAGCAGGAGAAGGCAGAGAAGAAGGAGGACAGCCAUGCUGGUGAGGCAGGGGAUGGCCUUGGACUGGUGGGCAGCGUGGCUCACAACCUGCAGAGUGCCUGUGCCUCUGGCAUCUCCAGCAUGAAGAAGGUCCCUGCUGUGGCCUGGGACGCUGCAGAGGGGUUGAUCCUGUUCACACCCCGCAGGCUGUCCAGGGCCAUGGAGACGGUGGAUGCUCUGGGAGGGACGCUCAUCAGUGCCCCUAAGCACCUGCUGGGCAGCCUGUACAGCUACGUGCCGCUCCGCAGGCAGUCCAAGGACGAGGCGGCAGCGCGGGGCAGCAAGCCGGGUCCUGAGGCCGAGCAGAAGGAGGAGGAGGAGAGCAAGCCAGUGGGCACCAGCGCCGAGGAGAAGGCCCAGCUGAGGGGUGACUGGCGGCUGUACCGCGGCCACCACCCGCUGUCCUUCCUGGGCCUGGAGGACCCUCUCUUCAUACGCAGCAAUCUGUACCGCAGCUCAGCCCUGGAGCCCGAGGCUGUGCCGCGGAAAUCGGCCUUCGCGCCCUACAGCCGGCGCGUGAGCGAGGGCUCCUAUCGCUUCAGCCCCGAGGCCAUGUACAGCCGGGCCUACUAUGCCAACCUCUACAGCCCAGCCUUCAAGAAGGAGUGACUCUGAGCGGGAGAACCUCGGCCCCAAACUUCCCCCAGCACGCUUCGCCUUCAUGUACCUACAUCCCACAUCUCCUGCUUACCCACAUCCCCAACAUGGCACAGAUAUGGUUGUCCA